UUGUUGACCAAUCAACUAAUGACAAGAGAGAACAAGAUAGUGUCGCUGAUGAACAUGUCACCAACAAGGAAUUUAGUCCAGGGUCAUCUCAUGAAAAAUCAAAUGAUGGGGAAGAUGAAAAUGAUUCCGAAGAUGAAUCUGAUGUAGAAAAUUCAGAAACAGGUUCAAACGUUGAAAUUGAAUCAGAGCGACCAACUACUAAUUCUGGAGAAGGUUCAAGAAAUCAAGAAGGGUCUACAUCACAAAAUAAUGAAAAUGAAAAGAGAAAUCCGUCAUACAUUUCUUCAUUUACGAAUAGCUUAAAGACCGUGGCCAAAAAUUUAAUGGGAACUAAAGAAGUACCUGAUGAUGGUGAAGCCGUGGAAAUCACAUUUCGUGUACAUUUGCCUAAGUUUCGUUACGGAGAACCUAUUGUAGUUGGUAGUAUAGAGGAACUUGGUAAUUGGAAACAACCUAAAGUUAAACUUAAGCAAUAUAAAAAAUUUGUUUGGGAAUAUACCUCUUCUUAUUGGUAUUCAGAGCCUAUUCGUAUCCCGAUCAAAAGAUUUAAGGAAACUGUUAAAUAUAAAUAUGCAGUAUCUUCAUACCACUUACAAUUUGAAGGGCAUGGUCCGUAUGACGAUCGUGUGUUGGAAUUUCAACGUCAAAAAUUUGAUAUUUGGAAUAGCAAUUACGUUCAUAGUAUUUAUAAAAUCUCCGAUUAUAUGUUCUUAGACGUCAUUUAUGAAUCCGCAACUUUGGAAAGCAUCAAGGAUGUUAUUUGGGAUUAUGAUAGUAUCCUAAAACAGCAUCGCGAAUUAACUUUAUCCGUAACGAACGUUCAAUUUAUUAUCAAGCGUUUAUCGGAUAAGUCUAUUGGUAAACAGCUUUUCUUAUGUUUUCUUUUAGGACAUUGUCCUAAUAAUUACGGAAGAUAUGAAUUACCAAGCGAUUUUCAAUCUGGUACUUUGCUUCAAUCUUUCUUUACGAUUGAUACAAACACAUUUCCAAAGGAUAGUUGGCAUAUUGUAUCAAAAGGACUUUACCUUUUAAUUCAUCAUAAUAUUAAUAAUGGAUUAUUCGAAUGGCUCAAAAUCUUUAAUAUUGCACAAAAGAUCGAUCCUCAGUAUGAGUUCAUCGAAAACAUAACUUUUGCUAAAUGUAAUGAUGACAAAUAUAUCGAAACUUGUUUUGAAAUGGUGCUGACACGUGAAUUUGAUGAAGAUAUUCAUUUUAAAAUUAUCAAGUGGUUGAUGAGCCAAUGCAAAAACGUGAAAAUCUUAUCAAUCGUUUGGCGAUCUUCAAAUAGAAAUGACAAGCAACUUCAACAAUUUUUGAUAGAAAGUAUUAAAAAAAUUAUAUCUAAAGAUGACCCUGAUCAUUUACAUAAAAAUUUUACUGAGCUUCCUGAAGACAUUAGAGAUAUAGUCUCUGACCUAUUUCGGAAAAAAGUACUUAACAUAUUAAUCAAUUUUCGUCGUACUAUUUGGAAUAAAACCAGAUACCAAUCGAUUUUUGAUCUUUUAAAUUCUGUACAACUAUGCUGGAAAAAAGAUGAUUAUAUUAUUGUGUUGGAAAUAGUGUCAACCUUAGAAGAUUAUGAGCUAUUAAGCGUGUUUCCAUCAUUACUUGAAAAUUGGAUACAAAUGUCUAAAGAUAUUGAUAAAAAAAUAUCUUACAUAUGUACUCGAUGGUAUAAAAUGCUUUUGGAAAGAAUGGAUCGAAUGUUUCAUACAUCAUCUUAUUCAACGGAUCAUAAAGGAGAGUACGUGACCGCAGUUUUUGAGAAAUUUUCAAACAUCUGUAAAUUAUUAGCAAAUGAACGGUUAUUAUUGGAUGAAUUAGUGGAUAUUACGACCAAUCGUAUUAGACGGUCUUCAGAAAAAUCUAUAUUCUCCGUCACUACUAAAAUUGUAAGCUUUAGUUCAGAAGCGGUACGACUAUUUACAAAAGUUAUUAAAGAAAAAAUCGAUUCAAUGGAAUUAGAUCGUGAUAAAUAUUUGUUAAUGAAAAUGCAAGCUAUAUGUGGUUGUACCGGUAAAAAAUUUCUUGAGAUACCAAAUGAAUUUUGUGAAACAAUCUUACUUCAUAUUAUGUCAUGUUUGCAAAAGAAUUCUAAUUCAGAAGUAUCUUUGCAUGAAUUCACUGAAUUCUGGAUUGUGAUUCUACGAGCAACUGGCUGUACAAAAAGUUUUCGUUCCCAUCAACUUGUGCAAGAAACUAGAACCACCAUUAUCGAGUUAUCUGAUAUCAUUAAAAACAGUUCUAUUAAAAUUCUACGUCUUCAGGAAUUGCUUGAUCUUGAUGAUGAUAUCCUUCAUUAUUAUUUAAAUUCCGCGAAUUUUGAUAGUGAAGAAAUCAUUACCAAGGAUAUAUUGGUUAGGGUUCGUCAGAAUUGUCGCUUCUAUGAACAAAGGUUGAAAAAACUUGCCGAUUUUUAUAAAAGAUUUUGUCCGCUACAAAAAACCAAGGAUGUGCAAAAAUAUCUUGAUGAAUUAAUAGAACGAAGUAAUAAACUGAAUAAAAUCUCACUAGAAGAAUCAUUAUUAGAAACACAUUGGAGCUUCCAUCAAGGAAUAAUUUCAAUGGCAGAGAAUACAUAUGAUUUAAACAAUUCUCAAACAUUUUAUAAUGUUUUUGAAAAACGUUUAAAUGAAGAAUCUAAUGAAGAAUCUGAUGAUUUGAGUGUUGAAUAUAUAGCACAAACGUUAAUGAAAAUGGUUUUAGUGGAGUAUACUGUCAAGUGCAAGCAUUACGAAAAUUGGGAAAAUCUCAAAUUCUCUGAGGAAAUACCAUUUUGGUGCAAUGUUUCUAAUUUUGAUGAUGAGCUAAAAUUAAUGGAAAAAUAUAGCAAGAUUUGUAUAAAUAAAGGCAAGACGUUCAUGAUGACGAUAAAAUAUUUAUCCAAAAAUAAUGUUUGGAAAGAACGCACUGAAAAUUUAUCGAAAAUUAUUAAGAUUUUCAAAAUCAAUGAAAACUGGCUUGACAACUUGUUUAAUCAUGGAAAUUUGGGCACAUUUAGUAACUCGGUUGAAACUAUAAAUCAAAAAUUUUCCAAAAUCAAUAAGAAUAGUUGGGAUUUUAUCAAAGAAUUGUCACGAUCAGAGGAAUUUCUUGAAUUCUUAAAAGAUAAAACAGAUGAAGAUUUGAAAAAUUUGAUUAAUGGUGUCGAUGAGCAUUCAGAUACCAGAUUGAUUCAAGAAGGCACUAUUUCUUCACUUAUUCAAAUCAAGCAAUUCGUGCAUCCAUUGAUGAAUGAUCCAAAUUUAAUUAUGGAUACAUUAUUAAAGGAAUUCAGUGAUAUUAACUCUUCUUUAGCAAGUAAAUUGUCAUUAUGCAAUAGUAAUGUCAUGGCUUUAAAAAAUAUGUACAAAUCCAUCUAUAACAAGGGUGAUGUUACAAAGGAAAAGAUUCAAAAUGCUGUCAAGAUUGGUACUUAUGAAUUUAAAAAAGAAGAAAAAGAUGAAGAUUGCAUUUUGGAAUUGUCAUACCCUUCCAAAUUAGAAACCAUGAGGUUCAAUAUUAGUGAGUUGCAGGAUUUACGUAGCAGAGCUCUUUUAAUUUCAAAACCUGGUGGUUCUAUUGGACAAAACGAUGAUGACAUCGAUGAUAUUAAAAUCAAAAUGGAAGAAUUUGUGAAACAAGUUGAUAUUGCUCAAAGUAUAAUUAUAAUCAUGAAAAAAUUAACUCAAUUGGGACAUUUCGGAUAUCGAGAAUAUCACGAAUCCACCAAAGGUACUUGUAAUUUAGAGAAAAUAGCAAAGCGAUUGAGAAUUGACUUGGAAAUCUGGGAAAAUAUUGUAAACCGAGCACAAGAAAAUUGUUAUUAUUUAACGUUUUAUCCAGCAAGACACAUAUUAGCAUUUUAUGACUAUUACACGGAAAAUGGCGAGCAAUUUGAAAUAAAAGAAACCUGUCAAACACUUGUUUCGUUCGUCAAUCGGAAAGCCAAAUUACCGCCUAUAAUUGUUCAAGGAUUAUAUUGUAAUAAGGAUAAAUACGAUGAAGUUUUAGAAGCGAUUAACUAUAGAUUAGAAUACAUAUUUGGAACCCUUGAGAAAAAUACACGACCAGUGAAAAAUUCUGAAGAGCGCGUAAUUUCAGAUAAAGUGAAAUGUGGAGAAUUAUUUGUCGCGGCAUGUGAUGACAAAUCAAAAGUUCCUAACAUAAUAAUGUCAUUUUAUGCUAACCAUGGAUUUUAUCCUGAACCUUGGCAACUUUUGAUUUGUAUGACAUCUACUACAGAAGAAGAACUUUCAAUUUUUAUCAAAAGAUGCUUUUUUGCAUCUGAAAAUGGUUAUGAAGAUAAUUAUUAUUUAGCGUUGAUAUGUUGCUCUGAAGCUGGAAUGCAUCAUCAUAUUGUGGAUCAAUUUUCUAAAUAUGUUCACACCACUGAUGGGCUUGGCACCGUUGCAAUGAAGACCAUUUAUAGUGAAUUAUGUCCAAAGGUUACAUGCGUAACUUCAGAAUUAUCCGGACAAGGAAAAACAAAAUUCAUUGAGCAGGAGAGUUCUAAAAAUGACAAAAACUCGGUUUCAUUUCUAAUUAGUGAUGGGGCGAGUUAUAAUUCGCUAAUUAGACAACUUAAAAAUUCCCAUAUUCAACAAGAUGAUAGCUUUCAUAUAAACAUAAUAUCUGCUGAUAAUCCUGGAGAAGUCAAUAUAUUCUUGUUUCAAUUAUUAACUCUAGGAAUGAUUUCAAAUAAUGCGGAUAUUACAAGUCUUCCAGAUACCUAUAUAUUUAUUGAAAUAGCUGGCAACCUUUUGUUCAAAUCCCUCCCAUUCCUUAAUUGUUUAAAUAAUACGCAUUUAGUAUGGAAUAUUGAUAGAUUGAUGGUACCCAAAGAUAUACACAGUCCAAUUCAAGUUGUUUGCCAUUAUUUGGAUCUUUAUGAAAAGAAGGAGCUUGAUAAAAAAGAUGUAAUAUACCAAUCACGUGAAUAUAAUACCGUUAAAGAACCCCUUGAUCAAGUACUUUGUCAAACGCUUUUAAACAAAUAUUUCUUUAAAAAAGUUGAUCCUUUCAUAUUAUCUUUUCGAUUUUUAGAAAUUUUUGUAAAUGUGCUUUCUGAUCAAUUACUAAGGUUAUCAGGAAGUUCCUUCUUUACAGUUGAAAUUUUGAAAUUUAUGACUAAUGAUAUUAAUAUUCGAUCAACAUUAUUUAAUACGCUACUUAGCGUUUCAAAUGAUUUUGCUACAAAAUCAACCAAAACAAAAUCUGCACAAUUACAAUCAAUUACUAAUACUGAAGUGGAUCAAUUGGAAAAUCUUGUUCAUUGGGAUGAUUCUAAUCAUCUUUUAGUAUUCUUUCUGUCUCAAUCCCCGGAAUCAAUUGGUGCUUUAUAUCGUAAUAAAAACAUAGUUCCAAACAAUGUUUUAGAAUUGCUAAAAAGCCAAAGAUGGGAAUUAGUAGAUUAUCAAACCAUGUCCUCAGAUGAAUUAUUAAUCAUAUUAGAAAGUUUGGCUCGAAAAACAAUGCAUUUUAUUAUUUAUCAACCAUAUGCUUUAUCGGCGGACAAUUUAUUGAAAAUGGCAUUGAUGUUAUUGAGAACAAGAGCCAAUAUUCCUGUAGUUAUUUGUGGAGAAGCGGGAUGCGGAAAGACAAGCUUAAUUAGUUUCUUAGCCAAGGUUGUAGAAGUAGAAUUCGACUCACUUAAUCUUCAUGCUGGAGUUACAGAAAAAGCUAUCAAGGAUUUCAUGAAUGAAUCUGGUAAAAAAGCCGUAACUAAAGAGAUUUGGUUAUUUUUUGAUGAAAUAAACACUUGCAAUCACAUAGGAUUAUUGGCAGAGCUGAUUGCUCAUCGAAAGCUUGAUGGAAAGUCAAUCCAUCCAAAUAUUCGACUAUUUGCCGCCUGUAAUCCAUAUCGUAUUCGGAACAAGAGUGUUAGUACUGUUGGAUUGAAACCAAAAAAGAUCGCGUUUGAACAUCGAAAAAGCAGUCUUGUUUAUGAAGUUAAACCUCUUCCAGAUCAAAUUUUGGAUUACGUAUGGGACUAUGGUACGCUUCAAUCAAAAGAUGAAAAGAUUUACAUUCAAAUAAUGGUACAAGAGGCGAAAUUAGAUCCUAUCUUUGCAGAAUUAUUAUUUGCAUCACAAAAUUUUAUUCGUAAUGUUGAAGAACCUUAUAGCGUUAGUUUGCGUGACGUUAAAAGGGCCAUUAAAUUGUUUGACUUUUUCAAUAAAAGUCUUCUAACACGAAAAAAUGAGAAGAAAAAAUAUCCCGAUAAUUCUGUGAAAAUUCAUAUUCGAUCUUAUGUUUUAGCAUUAGGCUUAUGCUAUCAGUCUCGCUUAUAUGAACGUGAGUUAAGAAGAAGGUAUCGUGAAACGAUGUGUAAAAUAUUUGGAAAUAUGAAAGAAACUCGUUUUAAUGACAUAAUAAGAGAUGAGCAAAUGGACUAUAUGAGUAGAAUGACUUGUCCGCCAAAUACUGCAUUUAACGAAGCAUUAUUGGAGAACGUAUUGGCUGCAAUUGUUUGCAUAAUGUGUAAAAUACCAUUAUUCAUUGUUGGCGCUCCAGGCUCUUCAAAAUCACUAGCAAUCAGACUCGUAUAUCAGAAUCUUAGAGGGCUCGAUUCGAAUGAUACAUAUUUUAUUGGAUUGGCUGAAAUCAGUCCUUAUAACCCUUUAAAAGUUCUUCAUUCAUUGUUGGAACCAAGUUAUCCAGUUGAUGGUCCUACAGUUUCAGUAAUAGGAAUUUCAAACUGGAGACUGGAUAACAGUGAAAAGGAUUUAGUCAACACGCUUCAAGAAUGGACUUGGCAAAUGUCAACCAUAGUAGGAACGGAAGGAACAAAAUUUACUAUAAAAGACUUGUUUAUGGGCUUCAAUAAGGAAGAGACAUUGCAAAGCUUAAUAAUAGAUAUCAAGAAAAAAGAACCUAUGAUGAGAGAUCGUGAUAUACUUAACAAAUGCAAGGAAUAUCUAGUAGCAAUUGCUACACCAGAUGGAAUGGUUCGAAUUGAAAGAUCUACUUUGGAAUUUGAAGAAAUUCAACAUUGGAAAAAUGUGUAUUUUCAAGUUCAACAUCAUAAUGGCAUAGCAGAUUAUUUCCAAGAUUUGUUGCAGACGUCAAUUCAUGCUUAA